GUUGAAAGGCUGAGUCAAUCUUGAGCUGGUAAGACUUGAACUUCUGAACUGCUGGCAAUCAGCAGCCGCAGAAUUAGCCUGCAAUACUGCAUUCUAACCACCGCACCACCACAGCCCUUAGGCACCUUCUGCUUUAGCUGGACAGCAAUAGCAAUAACACAUACCGCUUCAUAGUGCUUUACAGUCCUCUCUAAAUAGUUUACAGUCAGCAUAUUGUCCCCAACAAUCUGGGUCAUCAUUUUAGCGACCUUGGAAGGAUGGAAGGCUGAGUCAACCUGAAGCCGGUCAGGAUCAACCUAUUUAGUAUAUAUUUGAUAGUCAGAUAUACAGUCAGUCACAUCUGACCCUCCUAAAAAUUUCUUGGCACACACUUCAACAUUCUUCACUCAGCCACAAUUAAGCAACAGAACAGGAUAUGGGGAGGGGAGCAAUAUAUGCAUACACUGAAUUAAAAAUGUCAGGGCAGGGAGGGAAUCCUAAUAUGAAUAUUGUUUUGUUUAGUAUUUCAUUAUUUCUGCAAGCUAAGAAUAGACAGGGUGAACAUUUAAGGAGACCUGCUGGAUUAGCACAAAGUCAAUUUAAUCUAGUAUUUUACCACAACCAAAAAAUUCUAUGUAAUUCUCCUUUUCUUCUUUCCCCUUGUUAGCAUAAAUACAGAGCUAUGGACAUUGCAAUCUUUUUUUGAAUCAGAAUUGUUCAUUAUUGUUUCUCUCAAAUUGUCUUUGCUGGUUUUUAAUACCAUUUUUUGACAUACAUUGAGUGGUUUGAAAAACUACAUAAACUGAUGCAGGUGAUUUGUCAGAGCAGAUCAGAAUUAACGUGAACAAUAUCCAACAUAGAGAUGAAUACUACGCUUGGCAUCUGGGGUUCUAUGUUUAUCUGUCCAAAGCUUUUAAACUAGAAUUUGGAGUUGCACAUUAUCAUAUGGAAAUUGUCCCAGUUAUUUAUGUGGUUAAAUAAGAUGCAGAAUGAAAUUAUGCAAAUCUUUAUUACAACCUGGGACAGCAAUGGCUCCUAACACAGGCAGAAUAGAGGUGAUUUAAACUAUCCUAUGGCCGCGUUGGCAAAGCAGGUUGCGUAAAGCUGCAUUAAAUGAUUUGUGCAAAACCAGGGUUUGGAAGAAAACCCUCCUCGGCGGCUGUCGUGAGAGAGCGAUGGAAGCUUCCCGCAUCCGCGCACGAGGCAGCGACAGCCGCUCUCCUUCCAUCACGCAGGCGCGUCACCAUGAGCAAAAAAGAGGACAAGCGCGUUCUCUUGAGUUCUUCGACACGCCCCUUCCUCUCGUCAACACACCCCUUCGGGAACCUUGGCAUUCGGCCACGCCCCCUCCGCCUGUGACCCGAGCAGGGGCGGAUCCUUCGUUACACCACACCCAUUCCUAUUACGGCUCGUUCCAGCGCCACGCCCUCGACUCCCCCACCCAUCCCGACUGUCCUCGGUAGCAAGCGGCAGUUGGAGGAAGCCGAGGAGAGUAGCUCGUGGGGAGUGGAAGGGAGAAGGGGGGGGGGAAAGGGCGUCGAGCGGAGCGCGUGUUCGACGGCGUCCGCGAGAGAAGCCGGGAGUGACCGACCGACCGAUCGCCUGCCUGCCUUUGGAGGGGGAGGGGUAGCCUGCGAACAGCAUGGCGGCUGGGCGCGAGCCCCCGCCGCCGCCUCCUCCUCCUCCUCGUCAUCAUCUCCCUCGGUUCCCUGCCAGCCCCUUGGCCACCGCCGCUCGAGCGUCGAGGCCCACCGACCUUCUUCUCCCUCUGCCCCACUGACUGUCAGAAGAGGGAAAAAGAAGAUACAGGGAAGGACGGAAAGAAGCCUCGCCCUACCCGGGCCAUCCCGGCCAUGGAGCUCGCCAAGCCGGUUUUCCCCGCGCUGCCGCAGCCCAAAGAGGACUCCGAGGAUUGGACAUAUCCAAUGAGAAGAGAGAUGCAGGAAAUUUUACCUGGCUUAUUCUUAGGCCCAUACUCUUCAGCUAUGAAAAGUAAGCUACCUACACUUCAGAAACAUGGGAUCACUCAUGUAAUAUGCAUAAGACAAAACAUUGAAGCGAACUUUAUUAAACCAAACUUCCAGCACUUAUUUAGGUAUUUGGUCUUGGAUAUUGCUGAUAAUCCCAUUGAAAAUAUAAUAAGGUUUUUCCCAAUGACUAAGGAGUUUAUUGAUGGGAGUUUACAAACUGGAGGAAAAGUUCUUGUGCAUGGGAACGCAGGGAUUUCUAGAAGUGCUGCCUUAGUUAUUGCAUAUAUUAUGGAAACAUUUGGUGUGAAGUACAGGGAUGCAUUUACGUAUGUGCAAGAAAGAAGGUUUUGUAUUAAUCCCAAUGCUGGAUUUGUUCAUCAGCUUCAGGAAUAUGAAGCCAUCUAUCUAGCAAAGUUAACUAUCCAGAUGAUGUCACCUCGGCAGCUGGAGCGAUCACUCUCAGUUACUACAGGUGUGAUCUUAAUACAGGAAGUCUGAAACGAACACAUGAAGAGGAGGAAGAAAGCAGCGUACAAGCAGCAGCUCCAAAUGGUUGACAGCUGAAGAUACCUGGACUUGAUUGUUGGGAGUUUUAUAGCAGCUUCUAACCCUGGCAAGAUGAACAACCAGAUACAAAUUUAAAAAUGGAAGAUUCUAACUUCCUUAUGCAAACUUGUUCCUUCAGUAGCAUACAAGGCAACAUUUUUAAGGUAUUAGAUUCCUUGAUUGAUUAGAAGGCACUGAUUUUUUUUUUUUUUUACACUUUAUAGUUUUAUCCUUACCCCAAAGUUUUGGACUUGCAAAGAGGUAUUAUUGCAAUAAUGCACUUUUCAUACUUGAAAUUUAUUUGUAUUGAUAAAAUUAUUACUUAAGCAAAACAUGUGUUGGGAGAUUAUUAUUUAUAUCAUUUUGUGUAAUUUAUAAGAAGAGUAAAACGAGAAAAAAAAA